UUUACUCCUCUAAGAAAGGCCUCUUUGGGGGAAGAAAAGCCUUUUACGGCCCAUUGUGUGUGGGGGGAAUUAAAAGGUUUACUACGGCUACUCCUCUUCUCCAAAAGAAAUUCGAAUUUUGGGAGAAACGAUCACUUCUCCGGCUACCAUCGGAACCGAGAAAAUGGUUAAGAAGCUUGAAAGGUUGGAUUGUGUUACUCCAUUGGUAGUAGAUUUAUCUGAUUCAUCCACCGAUGAAGGAACUCCAUUGAGACCGGUAUUCUGCCUCAAAAAGAGAGAGCAAUUGAAAGAAUUUGAAGAGAAAGAGGAGUGCUUUAUCCUCGAUUUUGAUCCUUAUGAAUCUGUAGAUAUCUCAAAAUUAUCUGUUUCCAACAGUCUUGAUGCUUCUGAUCUUUCUGUUCUCGCCGAAAAAGGAGAGGUGGCAUGUCGGGACUUUCCACAUCCAAGGCAUGACUGCGCGAAAUAUCCUUUUUGGAAGACACCUCACCAGGAUUACUGUGACAUGUGUUAUUGCUAUGUCUGUGAUGUGGCUGCUCCUUGCAAAUCCUGGACUGGGAAUUCAGCCCAUUGCCAUGCCAUGAAUAAUGAGGCUUGGAAAGCUCUGAGGAAUGCCCCUAAAAAGUAAUUGAAGAAAAAGUAUUCACAACAUUGCAACUUUCCUAGACUUGUAAAUUUUGUGUAGUGAUGGCUCGGUCUGCCCAUUAGCUGCAGUAUGGUUACGUACCUAGUUAUGAUUUGGGAUAUUAAGUUGGAUAUGAGGUCUGCGUCUCAAAAUUAAGCUAGAUUUUUGUUGAUAUUUUGCUUAAGGUAUGUAAAAAUGUGGUAUGAACAUGUUCCUUCUAGUAUAUUAGCGGUUGAAGUGAAGUUCCCAGUAAAUGCUUCACCUCAGUGGAAAAUGAUUUGAACAGCCCUUCUUGCUGUUCUUUUUGAAGCCAACUUCCUUGAUUUUUUGUGUUACAAAUUGCAAUGUUGCGGAUAAAAUCUUCUAUCUUUGCGAAUACAUAUUAAUUUUGCUUCUUG